CAGUAGAUUUUCAUGCACUGUAACUAGGUCUACUGUCCCCAAUAGACAUGGUCACAAAAUUGCAUUUUAAAAGUAGCCUAUGGAGUUGUUCUCUUUGACCAAAAUGAGGUUUAUAAAAAAUGAAGGGAAAAACGUAUUUGCAGUGAAACAUGACCAGCACAGGCCUAAGCCUAUCAACAAAAUCAAUGUUUUAUGUUUUGGUCUUGUCAUGUGUCAUGGCCUCAACAAAACAGAACAGCUUCCUCUCACGAUUUAAGGAUCAGUGAUUCUAAUGCAAUAGGCCAACACUGUUAAAUUUCAGAUGAAUCUGUCCUCCAUUCAGUGUGAUGCAAAACAGCUGAGGUAUACAACACAUUACUUUAUAAGCACCAAAGGGAGAAAAGGGUAUAAUUGAAGUUCCAACUGAAAUUACCCACCUUUCACCAGUCACAGACUACUCAACUUCUCAUACGUCUUCCACUAGAGGGCGUCUUCCACUCUGGGAGGAGUGACAUCAGAGAAUGUCUAAUAAGGCGACAUUCAUUUUUUCAAAAUCGAAACUAGUCACACCCUUCAGUGCAGGAGUGCUGUGUGUGGCCAAAUAGGACAGAAGAAGAGGACGAUAAGUAAGAGGAAACAUUCUUGAAGUAUUUUGAGGAAAACGGACCAUCUAUAAAAACCCAAAUGUCUAAGAAGAAUUCUACCCCACUUGAAGAAAUCAACCAUCUUUCCCAGCAUUAUGAAGAAAAAGUGCGACCCUGCAUUGACUUGGUGGACUCCCUAAGGUCCUUGGGAGUUGAGCAGGACCUGGCUCUACCUGCCAUCGCGGUCAUAGGGGACCAGAGCUCAGGAAAGAGCUCUGUGCUUGAAGCUCUCUCAGGAGUAGCAUUGCCGAGGGGCACUGGCAUUGUUACACGCUGCCCCUUGGUACUGAAGCUGAAGAGAGUCAAAAAUGGCACUCAGUGGUAUGGAAUGCUUUCAUACCAGAACCAUAUCAAAGUGGAGCUGAAAAACCCGGCUGAAGUGGAGGACGCUGUUACCAAAGCUCAGAAUGCUCUUGCUGGAGAAGGAAAAGACAUAAGUCAUGAGAUGAUUAACCUGGAGAUCCAUUCCACCAGUGUACCUGAUCUGACUCUUAUUGAUCUGCCCGGCAUUGCUAGAGUUGCCACAGGCAACCAGUCCCAAGACAUUGAAGAACAGAUUAAGAGACUGAUAGAAACAUUCAUUAAAAAGCAAGAGACGAUAAAUUUGGUUGUGGUACCUGCAAAUGUUGACAUCGCCACCACAGAGGCCCUGAAGAUGGCUAAAACAGUGGAUCCUCAUGGGCAAAGGACUCUAGGCAUCCUGACAAAACCUGACUUAGUGGACAAAGGGGCAGAGGAGAUUGUUGUCAAUACUCUCAACAAUCUGGUCAUCCCACUCAAGAAAGGCUACAUGGUGGUGAAGUGUCGAGGCCAGAAAGAUAUCAAUGAUAAAAUGUCUCUGACCAAAGCAUUAGACAGGGAGAAGAAGUUCUUUGAAAACCACACCCACCUCCGCGCUUGUCUGGAUGAAGGGAAAGCCACUAUUCCUCACUUAUCAGAAAGACUAACCAAUGAACUGGUGUCUCACAUCAAAAGAUCCCUCCCGCAGUUGGAGAAACAGAUUAAAGAAAAACUGGAGAAGGCUUCUACAGACCUGAGAAGGCUGGGAGAUGGAGUCCCUCAAGAUGAAACUGAAAGGGCCAACUUCCUCAUUGAGAAAAUUAACAGCUUCAACCAGGUUCUCACAGACAUGGUCAGGGCAGAGGAGUAUGUUGGAGACUCCCAGACAAGAGUUUUUACAAACAUUCGGAUAUUAUUCAGUAAAUGGAAGACAGAACUCGACAAUAAAGCCAUCCAAUUAGAGGAGUAUUUACGUGAUGAGGUAGAGGAUAGCAACACUCACAGAGGCAAAGAGCUGCCUGGCUUUGUAAACUACAGGACAUUUGAAACCAUUGUCAGAAGACAUGUGGAAGACUUAGAAGAACCGGCGAUGAAUCUCCUACGAGCUACCACAGAGACCAUCACCACUGCUGUGAACCAAACCACCAGCACCUUUUUUGAAGCUUAUCCCAGUCUGAUGAGGGCUGCUAAGGAUCCACUGGAGGACCUUAGAGAACAGGAGUUCGAAAGGGCCGAGGAGAGACUGAAGUCACAGUUUAAGAUGGAGAGAAUAGUUUAUUCCCAAGAUGGUCUCUACAGCCGCCAGUUAGAAGCUGUCAAAGCGAGACCUGAAUCUACUAAGCCCUUUGUCUUUGUUAAGCCUAUCAGUGCAGACAUUCGCGAGAUGGCUCAACAUCUAAGCGCCUACUACAUGAUCACCUCCGAUAGACUGGCCAAUCAAGUGCCCCUGAUUGUGAUGUACCACAUGUUGGAGCAGUACAUUGUUAAUGUGAAGGCAGCCAUGUCAGGCAUGAUAAGACACAAAGAUGCAGACAGUUUUGUCCAGGAGAAAGGAGACAUCGCCCGGAAGAGGAAGUAUCUUUCAGAGCGAAUUGAGAGAUUGAAGAAGGCCCGUCAAGUUCUGGCCAAGUCUGUGCCAGAUAUAUAGGCCAGAUGUCAAAGGUGUUUGGAAUGUCUUUUCCUGAGUUCUAGUUCAGAAUACCUGCUGUUACAUUCAGCAUUCAUUGCAAUUGUUAACCUUAUGUUUUCUUUGUAGUGACCCAAGAGUCUGUUGUGAAAAGCAGCUACUGAAUAUUCAGCCUUCAUAUACAGCAAUAUACAGCAUUCAAUAUUGAGUCAAAUUAGAGGAAAAUAAGACAGAUCUGUAGUGACCUAGCUUCUCUGUGUUGAAAUAUGAUAGAUGAAAAAAAUAUUUAAAAAAAAAUGUUUUUGGGAACGUAAAAAGGUUUGUAGAACUAUCCUGCUAACUUUAGAAUUAUUUUGUCAUAGUUUUAUUGGGCUUUAACCACGUCUCUCUCUUUCUCACUAACACACACACACACACACACAUUAAGCUGGGAACAAAUAUUUAUGAUGUAUGAUUAACUUUUCAUGCACUGUACUUCUGCCAUGUCAUCCCAGGUGAAAAAUAAAUCUAUUAAAAAUAUACUUUUUAAAAG